AUGUGGAAGCCGGACAUUUUGCUCUAUCAGAGCAUCAAGGAGCAAUUUGACCAAAAACAGGACCAAGAGGGGAGCGACUACGACAACAUCGUCGUCCACCAUUCCGGAAACUGCACAUGGCUCCCUCCUGAUAAAUUGAAGAGUUCCUGCUCUCUCGACAUGAAAUACUUUCCAUACGACACGCAGGUCUGCGAGAUGAAAUUCGGAUCGUGGAGCUACAGGAAGCACCUGCUCAGGUUGAACAUGGAAACGACUACAAGCAAACACACAGGGGAAGUCAUGGCGAUUCAUAUUGAUGAGAAUCAAUUCAUCAACUCGACCGCCUGGGAGAUUUUAAAGACAGAAGGGACUCUGAAUGAUACCUCCUAUGACUGCUGCGAAGGAAUCUAUCAAGACAUCACGUACAAAAUCUAUCUCAAGAGAUUCACUUACUUUCCAUCAAUGACCCUAGUCCUCCCCUGUAUUCUCUGCGCCCUGCUCAUCCUCUGCACUUUCUUUCUCCCAGCUCAAAGCGGUGAAAAAAUCGUCCUCUCGAUAACGAUUCUCCUCGCGAUGGUAUUUUUCAUGGCUCAAUUGAGUUCUAAGACUCCUCGAAUGCCAAAUACGCUUCCAGUGAUUGGCCAAUUCUUCGUCUCUUCCUGCUGUCUGAUCAGUAUAUCGAUGGCGUUUACUGUUAUUAGUCUGAAAUUCUACCACAAUAAGGGACGAAGAGGAAUGGGGAGGAUUUUCCGGUUCAUUUUUCUUCAGUUUCUGCCGGCAUGUUACAACAUGGAACCCUUGCCAAAGGCUGACGAAGUUGUUUUCCCAUCCGUUCGUGAUUCUGACCCCCUUCCUAUUGGAAUGAAAAACGGGCCGGCAGCCCAUCUUUACCGAGAAAUCCGUUUCAUCGCCAAUAAAAUCAGAAAACGAGACAUGGCGCUCAAGUACGAGAGCGAAUGGAAAUAUGCAUCCGCCGUUAUGGACCGGUAA